AGCUAAGGAAAGCAGCCGCAGAUCCAACGGGUUCCGCCCCCAAAUCGGAAGGGCGCGGCCAAAUAUGGGGCAAAAAAUGAUUAGGGGUUCGUCCCUCGCAAUCGUCUUUUCCCUUUGGCUUUGAUUUCUUGUUUCUCUCUGCGUUCGAGCGGAAGCCCUCUCCCCUUCGGCUCCCAAAUCCUCUCUCCGUAUGAUCCUUCUCCCUCCUCGAGGAAUGUCUGGCGUCGGAGCCUGACCAUGGACGACAUCGACGGCAUGCCGCUGGCGAAGCGGCGCAGGCUUCCGAUCUCGACGAGUCCUUCCUCUUCGCCUCACGGUCCUUCCACUCCCAAGCGCUCAAUUGGUUUUCCCGUAGAGCGAGUGUCAGUGGAAGUUUCAAAGAAAUGGCCUGGUUUGCCAAGAGGUGUGAACUUUAAUCCCUCUGAUGAAGAUCUACUCUGGCAUUUGCUUGCUAAAGUUGGCAAGGGAAAUGCUGACCCUCAUCCGUUUAUUCAUGAGUUUAUUACUUGUCUCGAUGAAUUUGAAGCAUUUGGUUAUACACACCCUCAGAAACUUCCUGGCAUUAGGAAGGAUGGGGGUGAUUCUUACUUCUUUCACAAAUCUUUUAAGACAUGUAUUGCUGAAAUUAGACAACACCAGAAGAUGUGUGACAGUGACAGUGACAGUGGGGACGUCUGUUGGCAAAAGAGUGGUAAGUCCAAGCCUCUGAUCGUUGAUGGGAAACACCACGGCUAUAAGACCAUGAUGAUUCUAUAUGAGAAUGCCAGGUGGGUGAUGCACCAAUAUCACUUGGGUGUGGAAAAGAUAGACCAGGAAGAGUUUGUUGUUUCUAAGAUAUUCUACCAGAGGACUGGCCAGGUCAACAGAAGUGUGGAAGACUUGGCUCUGGGCACAGAUGAAACUGUACUUGGAGAAGCAGGGUCACUAAUUUUUUCCAAGUUGGAUAGUCACCUUGAUCUCGUUAACGCAGAUGCAACUUCACAGGAUAUUUUGAUGGAUGACCAUGAUCCUAAGCCCCACCUGUCCUUGGAAGUGUACAAUCACAAGUAUCCAUCUGAUGUUUCUGAAAUAGCUGAUGCUCAAGUACGUAGAGUUAAUUCAGAUAUGAUACCUGAUUCUGAAGUUGAAGGCCAUACUGCUAAGACCGGAGGAAAUGAUAUCAUCCAACCAUCUAAUCUACCAAAUUAUCUUAUGGAUCCGAAGACUGAGCACCCUGACUGCAACACAAAUCUUCUUAUCGAGGGUAAGGACAGUAUGCCUAUGGCUGUUACUGGAGUCCAUCCUAACGAUGAUGAACUCGAUCAUGUUUUGUUGCAUGUUCGUACUCACAUGUUGUUGUCAAGCAUGAAAUCAGGCACUACUGAUUCCAGAUGUUCUUCUGAUAGUAACAGUUGUGGUUUAAACCACACUAUGGAAAAUUUGUUGCAUGCCAAAGAUGGUGGAUUUGUUCCUCAAAAUGAUUCGAUGAGUAACAUGGAAACAACUUACGGAAAAGAUAUCCUUGGCCCGGUGCAGAUUCAGAGGAGAGUUAAAAAGAAGCAGCAUCUCGAGAGGAACGAGUCUUUUGAGUUAUUUGAGGGUAUUUCUUCGUGUCCUUUAGUGAACAACACUACUGACUGUGACCCUGGCAGAGAACAAUACAAUAUGCAUUCACCCAAUAAAGAAAGCAGUUGUAUGGAUAGCCAUCUUCCUGAAAGUGGUAAUUUAUACGUGGCAAACAAUAUAAUGGCCGAGCCUUCUGGAAGUUCUACUGCAGAAAGUUAUUCCAUGGUUCAUCAGUGUUCAAAUUUGCCUUGCUGCCAAAACAAUAUUUUGUUAGAAGCUAGCUUCUCCGAAGAGAAUCUUGGCAACGAUGGUGUAUCCUCGUAUCAUACACCUCAGACACCUGUUUUAGGAGAAGGAAUUGUAAAUACUGAUUGCAGACCCUCUCGAUCAGGUUUAUCUGGCCAGCUGAUUUCACUAAAAACUGAAACCAUGGAAGAAGUCCAUACUGAUCAUGUCUCUGAAACUAAUAGAGGACUAGAAUUUGGUGCUCAUGGAUUAGGGACAUUGGAAAAGCAUGUCACGGGUAUUUCUGGUACUACAGCUCUAUGCUCAUCGGAAGUCAGAAUGUGUCCUGAGGUCAAUUUGUUAAAAACAAACAAAUUUCAGACAGACCAGAUGAUAUGCAACUGCUCAAACGAUGCAAAUACCUUGGAUCCUCAACUGUUAACUCUAGGUCAAAGCCUGGAAGACCAGAAUAAUGGCAAUGAUGUGCUCGAUUCAGUACUGCCUAGCAUCAUUAGUGAAGUGAAAGUUGAACCUUUGGAAGAAAUUUGCACCCACAAUGGUUCGGGAACAACUGCUCAAAAACCUGUAAGCUCUUCACUUGAAGCAACUUCUAGAAAACCUACGAGGUCUUGCCAAAGUGGUUAUUCUGCAAAGACCAAAAAACAUACUGAAUACUCACUGACAGACAAGCAUUGUAAAGAUCUGCAUUCAUCUGACUGCUGUAAUUCACAAAGAAAGACCACAAUAAAUUCUUUAUGUUCAGAACAACCAUCCCUUAAGAAGGAUUUACACCUAAAUUCAAAUUCUUCGAAGUUUUUUAAUAGUGCCUGUUCACGAAAAGGCAGUAACAGACAAGAAAAUGUUUUCUUACACAAAAGAAGUUUGAUCGAGCAAGUCGGAAAUAGGUGCUCCCAUCAUGCAUCUAUAACUGAAAAUGUACAUGUGAAUAAUGCUGAGGCUCAUAUUUCAAGAACAGAGGUCAAGAAGGAAUAUGCUGAUGAUUUCUCCAAGGACAUGCAAGCUGAUGUGAUUUCUCCAAAACCUGAGAUGCUGGCUUGCGGAGUAGUUUCUUACUUGAAGUACAACAACAACAACAUGAACAACUCACAACAGUUUCUGCCACAGAAUAAAAAAUGUGAACCAGUCAAUACUCCAAAUGCUCAAGUUAACAAUUUUUCUCUUCGUAGGAAAAGGAAGAAGACUGCAACGGAUUCAGUAGAAAGAGCACUCGAGGAAGAUGCUCCAGGGCUUCUGCAGGUUUUAUUGGACAAAGGAAUAACAAUCGAUGAGAUCAAGCUUUAUGGAGCUGCUGAAGAUGAUGAAGCACUGGAGAUCUCUUCGUCAGAUGACAACUUUGAAGAGCUUGAAACUGUAAUUACUAAGAUAUUUUCUUCACAAGCUUCUCUAUUCAAGUUUUCAGUGGCGCGCCACAUGAAGGGAUCAAAGGCUGUUUAUUGUUUAUCUUGCUUAAUUUCUUUGAUCGAACAGACUCGAUAUCUUCAGUUUCGUAAUAGUCCAGUGGAAUGGGGAUGGUGUAGGGAUCUGCAAUCAUUUAUUUUUGUUUUUCAAAUGCAUAAUAGAAUAGUUCUGGAGCGCCCAGAAUAUGGUUAUGCCACAUAUUUCUUUGAGCUUGUGGAUUCUUUGCCAGUUGACUGGCAGAUCAAGAGGUUGGUGACGGCAAUGAAGCUCACCAGCUGUAGCAGGACCACUCUCAUUGAGAACAAACCUUUAUUGGUUGGAGAGGACUUGACCAAGGGAGAGGCGCGUGUGCUGGAGGAGUAUGGCUGGACUCCUAAUUGCGGGCUGGGGACAAUGCUGAACUACUGCGACAGGGUUGUGCAUGACAAAAAAUACGAAAGGUUCAGCAAUGAAUGGAGGGCCAAGAUCGGGAGACUACUAAUGGAGGGUCAUGAUUCUGGACGAACCAUACUCGUCAAACUCCCGAAAAGGGUUGUUAAAUACAAAGGAGGCGAGAAUUUUAAAAUCAAGUUGGAGAAUUGAUCCAAAUAAAUGCUAGCUUUAGCUGUGUAUAGAGUUGCGGCAGUGCCUUAGAUGUUACACUGGUAUGUAAUGGCCAAUGUUGUAUGUCAUUGCUUCAGCCUCGUAUCUUCUUCCAUUGUUGGCAUGAAUUAACCUCUUAUUCUGCA